UUACAUGUUUCAUGAUCUGUGUUCUGUCUUCUUCAUGAUUAAAUAUAUCUUAUUUCAUCACAAACUACAUUACAUCGUAUAUUGAUUGGUCCCUAUUUUACAGGACGGGUUUUGAUAAUCUAGAAAUUAGGGAAUAUCUAUUCUGAAUAUCUUUGACUUUUUUCGGCUGAAUUUCAAAUUGAAAAGAUUUUUUUUAUUUGAAUUACCAUCGCAACACACAUUGUUGCUCUUUUCUUCUAUUCGUGGGAAACAAAUCCUAUUUAUUGGGACUACACUUAUAUGCACUUUCUGACAAGCACCUGAGCACUGUAUACAAUAAUUUCAUUAUUAUUUUUAUGAGAAUACAUACACACUCAUAUACAUACGUACAUGUAUAUCGAGUCUCUAUUAUAAACACUCAUAUUCUGUCUCCCGACAUCGGUUUUUUUCGCCGUAAUGAUUUUUGCUUUUCUCUUGUGAUUAUUACUGCAUUACUAUAUCUCUUAAGAUCGCUCCGAUUUCACCAGGACGUCCGUUUAUGGACUGCUUAUCCUUUAGACUGGGACAGCAUCUUUUGACCAUUUCUGGAUUUCUUUGACAUAUACGUCGUUAUUUCUACGGCAGUAUACGAAACACUUAGAUAGGACCCGGUCGGCUACAAGCACUCUAAUGGUGAGUUAAAAAUGUAUCUGCAUGGCAUAUUUUUCAUACAUGUAAGCAAAGUUUCAUGCUAUCCAAAACAAGAGACUCUACCAUAAUAGAUUUUACUCAGACAUUUCUCAGCUUUAACGAAUUCUUCAGGAAUCAAUAUGGAAGAUGUUAAUCACUCGGACACUUCAAACACAACUGUUUUUACCAAUAUAGAUACAGUUACAGAAACCGACAGAUGUGAUAAACUUGUAUACAACAAUGUUCCUGAAUAUCACUGUGAGAUUUGUAAGAAGACAUUCUCUUCGGAGGAUGAAGUCGUCACACACGGAGAAAUACACAAUAAGAAGAAAGUCUAUAAUUGCGAAGUAUGUGAGAAAUAUUUUGCUUCAAACAGUAAUUUGACAAAACACAAAAGACUACAUACUGGCGAAAAACUAUUUCACUGUGAAAUGUGUGGGAAAAUAUUCACUGACAAUUCUCAUCUUGUUGUUCACAAACGAACCCACACUGGGGAAAAACCAUACGACUGUGAAAUCUGUGGCAAAUCGUUCUCUGAGAAGUCUAGUCUUGUAAUUCACGUACGUAGUCAUACAGGAGAAAAGCCAUAUCAGUGUGAAAUAUGUGGUCAGUAUUCGGUCACUAGAAGUGAGUUAACAAAGCAUAAACGAAAACACUCUGGAGAAAAACCCUUUAAUUGCGAAAUGUGUGAGAAAUCCUUUAUCACUAAAAGUCAAUUGAAUAGUCACAAGAAAGUCCACUCGGGAGAAAAACCAUAUCACUGUGAAACGUGCGGGAAAUCAUUCUCAGAGAAGUCUGGUCUUGUAAUCCACAUACGAAUCCAUACAGGAGAAAAACCUUUUGAUUGUGAAAUUUGUGGGAAAGGAUUUAUCACUAAAGGCCAGUUGAAUAGUCACAAAAGCGUACAUACUGGAAGAAAACCGUUUCACUGUGAAGUGUGUUGGAAAUCGUUCUCUGGUAAGUCGAAUCUUGUAGUUCACAAACGAAUCCAUACUGGAGAGAAACCUUACCAUUGUGAGAUAUGCGGGAAAUCCUUCUCCGAUAAUUCUAGUCUUGUAGUUCACAUACGUAGUCAUACUGGAGAGAAGCCGUUUCGUUGUGAAAUUUGUGGGAAAUAUUUUGUUCAGACGAGUGAUUUAGCAAAGCACAAACGAACCCACUCUGGGGAAAAACCAUAUCAUUGUGAAAUCUGUGGAAAAACGUUCUCUGAGAAGUCUAGUCUUGUAAUUCACGUACGUAGUCAUACAGGAGAGAAGCCGUUUCGUUGUGAAAUAUGUGGUCAGUAUUUGGUCACUAAAAGUGAGUUAACAAAGCAUAAACGAAAACACUCUGGAGAAAAACCUUUUGAUUGUGAAAUUUGUGGGAAAUCCUUUAUCACUAAAAGUCAAUUGAAUAGUCACAAGAAAGUCCACUCGGGAGAAAAACCAUAUCACUGUGAGACGUGCGGGAAAUCGUUCUCUGAGAAGUCUGGUCUUGUAAUCCACAUACGAAUCCAUACAGGAGAAAAACCUUUUGAUUGUGAAAUUUGUGGGAAAGGAUUUAUCACUAAAGGCCAGUUGAAUAGUCACAAAAGCAUACAUACUGGAAGAAAACCGUUUCACUGUGAAGUGUGUUGGAAAUCGUUCUCUGGUAAGUCGAAUCUUGUAGUUCACAAACGAAUCCAUACUGGAGAGAAACCUUACCAUUGUGAGAUAUGCGGGAAAUCCUUCUCCGAUAAUUCUAGUCUUGUAGUUCACAUACGUAGUCAUACAGGAGAGAAGCCGUUUCGUUGUGAAAUUUGUGGGAAAUAUUUUGUCCAGACGAGUGAUUUAGCAAAGCACAAACGAAGACAUACUGGGGAAAAACGUUUCCACUGUGGAAUUUGUGAGAAAUCUUUUUCUAGUAAUUCUAAUCUUAUAAUUCACAAAAGGAAACAUAGUGGAGAAAAACCUUUCUGUUGUGAAAUGUGUGAGGAAUCAUUUAUCUCUAAAGUUCAAUUAAAUAGUCACAAGAUAUCUCACACGGGAGAAAAACCCUUCCACUGUGAAGUUUGCGGAAAAUCAUUUUCUGAGAAGUCUGGUCUUGUAGUUCACAGGAGGGUCCACACUGGGGAAAAACCGUUCCAGUGUAAAAUAUGCGGAAAAUCAUUCUCUGACAAGUCUAGUCUUAUAGUUCACCGAAGAGUCCAUACUGGAGAAAAACCGUAUCAUUGUGAAAUCUGUGGGAAAUCUUUCUCUGAGAAAUCUAGUCUUGUAGUUCAUCGAAGAAUUCAUACAGGGGAAAAACCUUUUGGUUGUGAAAUUUGUGGGAAAUCUUUCGCCGAGAAGUCUGGUCUUGUAGUUCACAAACGAAUCCACACGGGGGAAAAACCGUAUCAUUGUGAAAUGUGUGGGAAAUCUUUCUCUGAGAAGUCCACUCUUGUAGUUCACAUACGUAGCCACACUGGAGAAAAACCAUAUCAGUGUGAAAUCUGUGGGAAAUAUUUUGUCCAGAACAGUGAUUUAACAAAGCACAGGAGGCGGCAUACGGGGGAAAAACCUUUCCACUGUGGAAUUUGUGGAAAAUGUUUUGUCACUACUGGGGAUCUAACAACACACAGGCGUAGUCACACGGGAGAGAAACCCUUCCCUUGUGAAAUCUGCGGGAAAUUGUUUUCUAAUAAUUCUAAUCUUCUUGUUCAUAAAAGAAAACAUUCUGUAGAAAACACCCUUUCAACUGUGAAAUCUGUGGGAAAUAUUUUGUCCAGAACAGUGAUUUAA